UCUCGUGCUUGCCCAUGUCACCGUCGAAACGCCAAAACAAAAUGUCUCUUUCUCUCUCUAGGAACACGAGAGAGAAAAUGUCUCUUUCUCUCUCUAGGAUUACGAGGGAGAAAAUGGCGCGAUGUUGAAAUGAAGGGGAAAGGGUGCAGAAAGUGUCCUUUCUCUCUCUACGUUCCUGAGACAGAAAAAAUGGCGGAUGGUGAAAUGGAAGGGGCUACAAGAGGCGGUGAGAAGAGUUGCAGAAGGGCAGAGAUAGGUUUGAUGGCGAAAUGAUAAGGGGAAGGGGUGAGGAGUUGGCCUAAAAGUUUAAUUAAUGGAAGGAAAGGUAUUUAGGAAAAGGUUGAUGGGGGAAUGAUUCCUGGAGCUCACUUUCAGAGCUCCCCCCAUUUUUCAAAUGUAGGGUCUGAUCUGUUAAAGCGACACAGAAAGCCGAGUUCUUAAAGGGGCCCAUUUCAGAGAUGGAGGUAGCAAAAACUCAGGGCUAGAGAGAGUAAAAAUGGUGCUCUCUCAUAAGCCCGAAGCUUCUGGAUCUCUGACAAAUAUGUACACAGAUAUAGGGGGAGAGAGAGAAAGAAAAAUGUUGUUCUUGUGAGAUAGGCUGAAGCCUCCCUAUAUUGAGAGAAGUGAAGCAGAGCUGUUUUCAUGGCUUCUCUAAGUCCCGGUGUCCUCUUAAAGCUACUACAACACAUGAAGAGUGGCAUAAAAGUUGCAGGUGAACAUAGAACAGUGCUUCUGCAAGUGAUUGGCAUUGUUCCUUCCCUCUCAGGCGACGAUCUAUGGCAGAGCCGGGGCUUCUUCCUCAAGGUCUCGGACUCUUUGCACGCGACCUAUGUCUCUCUUGGUGACGAGAACAAUGAUUUAAUCUUCAAUGAUAAAAUCCAGUUAGGUCAGUUCAUCCAUGUCACAAAGCUAGAGUCUGGCUCUCCAGUCCCCAUUCUAAGGGGUGUUAAACUCGUUCCAAGGCGACACCCUUGUAUUGGCAAUCCUGAGGAUUUAGUCUCAGGCCCUCCGUUUGCCGCUUCUGCAGGGUCUGAUAACCUAAUUAGCAGCAAGUGCAAACAAGGGGAACUGAGGAAAGUAGCAGUUUCUCUCUCUAAGGGAAGGAUUGACCAUCAAGCACAAUUAAGAAAAGAAGCAGUUUCUGUCUCUAGGGGUGGAGAGAGGAUAGAUAAUCAAGCACGAUUAAGAAAAGAAGCAGUUUUUCUCUCCAAGGGUGGAGAGAGGUCUGAGAAGGACGUUUUUGUAUCACAGACUAAGGGAAGGGCAAGUCCUUCGAGUCGAUCUUCAAUGGCUGGUCGAUUGGUUUCUUUUUCCUCUGCUUCGAGUAACUGUUCUGUUGAUCGGUUCUCACCGGCAAAGAAGAGUGUAAGUGUGAGUAGAGAAAUAGAAGACACCCCUCCAUCUUCUUCUGCAGAUAAGUCGGUUGCUAAUUUUCGUGCUGAGCGGAGGCAGCCGAAUAGGGAUAAACCAAGGAGGUCUGUAUCACAAGAGGAAAAUGUGGUGAAAUCGAAGCAGCAUUUGAGUCCGGAGUUGAGGAGGAGCUGGGAGAGAAGCACUGUUCUCAAUAACGCAAACAGGUCCCCAGAUUCAAUGUCAAGGGAGGCUUCAACUGCUAUUGAUCUUUCUACUGUAGUAAAUGUUAAAACAGCUGCAUGUAAGAGAGAUUCAUUGAAACCCAAAACAGCAAAUGUGUCAGCAACAUUAGCAAAUAAGCCAUCAAAGAGGGAUGCUGACACCACCAUGAGGCCCUCGACACCCAGCCAUCUGGCUAAGGCAGCUCUUGCUAACAAAAGAAUAGCUGAUGGGAGUGUGUCAUGGGAUGCACUCCCAUCUAAUCUUUCUGUUCCUGCAAAGGAUGCUUUACGGAGUCGAGAUACUGCAUUCUCAGCCUCGGUAGAUGCUUUGCUUGAAGCAUCAGCUGCGGACAGUGUUAUGAGGUGUUUAAGCAUGUAUGCAGAAACGUGUUCAACAUCAAAACAGGAGCCGCCAGAGGUUGUGGUGGAGCGUUUCCUUAACCUUAAUCCUAUCAUGGAGCGUGCUGCCCUUGUAGCAGAUUCCUUGGUCCAAACCAAAAAGUCAGUCACCACAGGAAUCUCUACCCCUCCUAUUCCCUCUGAAGAAGCCUGCAAAAUCUCCUCGGACAAGAAGAAGCUCGCUGAGUCAUGGAUGAAGGCUGCACUUGCGACUGACCUCUCUCCUUUCUCUCUUCUCAGCAAGCAAUCAUCCACCCCAUCAAAAGCCGAUACCCAACAUCGCUACAUUGUGAUAGAAACUCCCCCAAAGCCACCUCCCGAGCCAAUCCGGGAGGGAUCACGGGCCCACAAUCCACAAAAGAAGAAUCAAAUGGGGUCAUCUGAUUCAGAUUCUAAGAGAACACCCCCAAGGUUGGGAACAGGCAAGAGACUAGGACGACAUGGAGUGAAACGAGAAGGCUUUGAGGGGGAGCAGGAGGCUUGCGAAUGGAGAAGGGGUAAGGGGUUGGAGGAGAAUGCUAGGUUGGGUAAGGGGAUGGUGGAAGAGUCAAGGAGAUGGUUCUUAGAGUAUUUGGAUGGCGUCCUUGAUGGUGGUUUCGAAGGGGAAGGUGUGGCUAUGAUGCUGGGUCAGAUGAAGAGGGUGAGUGAGUGGUUGGAGGGUGCAGGGAGAGACCUGCGGGAUGGCAAAGAUGUAGAUGGUGUUGUGGAGAGGGUUAGAAAGAAGGUGUAUGGGUUUCUACUACAGCAUGUGGAAUGUGCAGCUAUGGCCAUGGGCAACCAGAGCAUUUGAUUGCAUGUGUGCAUGUGCAUGUCAUGCCGCAGGUUUCGAUUCUUUGGGAUUGUUGGCGUUAUGCAAAGCAUUAACUGUGAAGUGGGAAAGAUGAUACAAUUGUGAGGGGGGAUUGAGCUAACGAAGCUAUGUAAAAAGCUAAAUUCUGAUCGAUUAGAAAUGAGCAAAAAAUAUAUAUUGUUAUCAAAAUAUAUCUGAGUUCUGUUUUAGCUGGA